GCUACCUUUUUUCAGAAACUCUCCUCUGACAAUGGCCUCAAUUCCUUGUACUCUCCAACUAAAAUUCUCCUCCUCAACUCCCAAUUUUUCAUCUUCUUCUACUUCAUGUCUACCAAUUAGAUUGAAUUCUUGCUUUGUUGUGAGUGCUUCAAAACUGAAAAGAAUAGGAUGGUGUAGCAGACCAAAUGGACUUGGACCAAGUUGUGGUUCAAGAACUACUUGCUGGUUUAACUUUCGCCAAAAUGCUGAAACUGCUGGUGUUUAUGGUAGUCAAUCUCGUGAUGAUUUUGACCGCGACGACGUUGAACAGUACUUCAACUAUAUGGGCAUGCUUGCAGUUGAGGGUACUUAUGAUAAGAUGGAGGCUCUUUUGAGCCAAAACAUACACCCGGUCGAUAUUUUACUGCUCAUGGCUGCCACUGAAGGCGACUUACCAAAAAUCGAAGAGCUACUGAGAGCCGGAGCAGAUUACACAGUCAAGGAUGGAGACGGACGUACUGCCCUUGAUAGGGCUUCUAGCGAUGAAAUCAAAGACUUUAUCCUUAACUUUAAGGUCCAGAAGGCGUGAAUGGAGAGCGUGUUGAGAAGUAUCAAGUUUUGCUGUUAGCAUUAUUUUUGUUCUUGUUUUCGCCAUAAUUUAGAUUAACACCCUUUUACCAUCUCUCAUUCCUUAUGUAAGCUCUGCUAUUUAUCAGUUAUGAGCAUUAAUGCAUGCAUCAGAGCUAUACUUAGCCAAAGCGUUCGUCCAAAUACUUAUGUUUUCUUAAUUUGAUGGUGAAGUAUUAGUUCCCCUGUUCUUCUGAUACAA